AUGCACGACUUCAAGGAGAACUCUCCCACUCGGACAGCAGAUUUCUUCAACUGGACCCAUUUCGCCAAUGAGCCCUUCAUUGUCACUCGCUCCAAAGUCUCAAGAAUCACUCUUCCAACAAUCCAUUAUGUGCACCGCCUCAUCUCCACCACCUUCCAAUGCAAGAAUGAGACCAACAAAGUGACAGUCGAGGAGUUCUACAUCCUCACAUCACCCUUCAUCCACCACAAGCGCAAGGCCAACAUUGGCCUCUUGUUUCCCAAGACCCUUGUUAAGGGGCUUGAGAUUCAUGUGAGUCGACUCCUCACCUGA